AUGUCAUCAUCACACUCGGGGCGUCGGUCGAUUAGGUCGUCCAUGGUAAGAUCGAUGCCUGAACCCAGCUUCCAGGAGCUGCACAGGAUGCUGCUCGAAAACAACAUCCCGUCUUCGAUUGCAGAACUUGAAAGACCCAACCAGCUGUUUGUGACCAAGUUAUUUGACUCAAUUCUCAACUUCGAUGUUCAGCUAAAACUGCAGAAAUAUCGCGAGCCAUUGGAGGAUGAAGCUGGCUAUUAUCAAUCAGCAGCGUAUUUAUCCUUUACUGAAAGAACUGCAAAACUGCGACUGAUUCAACGGUUUCUGGCAAGCUUGAACUACGACGAAUUUUCUAUCCAUGACUUGCUUCGUCCAGAAAGUGACAGGCUUAAAUAUCAGUUGAUAGUGAUCUCGAGGUUUCUUGACGCGAAGCGGAGGAUGGCCAAAGAGUUGGCCCAGCAUAAGGAUCUGAACAAAGUGGUGACCUCGAGCGAAGCAUUGGAGAGCAUAGUACUUUCUAAGAACAAGGUGGAGGCAAAUUUGGAGGAGCUAAAGCAUUUUGUGGAGGACAAAGAGAACGACUUGCCAAGUUUGAAGGAGCUUCACAACGCCAAAGUGCACACGUUGAAGGAGAAGAAGAUUCAGUCUAACGACGAUUUAACUAGAAAAAACAAGCUCAGGCAGGAGAGACAGAAGCUUGUGGAAACUGUUGAUGAGCGUUCGAAAAUCCUGGUGGAAUUGGAGAAGGAUGUUGGAUUAAAAAGAUCCUUUGUCACGCAAUCGAAAGAGGAGCUCGUCAACAGUCUCCAGGAGCUGGAGGAUUCGCAAAAACUUUUGGAGUUGCAACUGGCUGAAUCCAGAACGAAAUCUCACAAUUUAACAGAAUCGCUAAACACGUUUGCGUCUCUGGCGAACUCCAUCAAACAACUGGUCAAACCCGAAGACGGAAUUCGCAGUCUGUUGAGCCGCGACAAAACAAUCACCGAGGCACUUGCACAAUCCACGAACGAGGUGAAUCAGGCAAAGACGGAGCACAAGAUGCUAGAAGUGCGGAUAUCUACAUUCAAAUCCAAGUUGGAAAUGCAAGCAAAGGAAGCCGAGAGAGUAAUGCAUGAGGUGGACAUGAAAAUUCAGACUUGGCACACACAACUGGAAAGUGCCCUGGAGCAGUUUAACGAAGCCAAGACGAAUUUUGAUGGAAGGACAGAUGCCAAAAAUGCGAUCGAGUCCGAAGCUGCACAUCUCGAAAGACUGGCCAAGGAGUUGAAAGAUAAAUAUUUGCUAGCCUUCAAGAAAACAGGCUCGAAACUGGAAACCCUCAGGUCAAGUCUGCAGGUUUAUCUGGAUGAUGUUACUCAGACUCUCAAUAUGGUUUAG